AUUCUACUUGCAACCUUCCAAACUAGAUCAAGCAAGUGGAAAGAUUAAAAUUAUUAAUAAUAUAUUUAUAGAAUAUUAGAAAUAAUCUGAUACGAUAGAAUAUAAGUUUCAAGUUAUCUGAUAUUGUUUAAAACAGAGGAAAAUGACUACGAUGGGCGAACCACUUACUUUAGCACGAGAUGUUAAGAGAUCCAUUGAAUUGCUUGACAAACUACAAAAAGGUGGUGAAGUUCCAACAACAAAAUUAGCUGCGUUACAAAAAGUAUUGCAAAGUGAUUUUCUCAGUGCUGUAAGAGAAGUAUACGAACACGUAUAUGAAACCGUAGAUAUUCAGGGAUCCCAAGAUGUACGUGCAUCGGCCACAGCAAAAGCAACUGUCGCUGCAUUUGCAGCUAGCGAAGGUCAUGCACAUCCACGGGUUGUAGAAUUACCAAAAACUGAGGAAGGUCUUGGGUUUAAUGUAAUGGGAGGAAAGGAACAAAAUUCUCCUAUUUAUAUUUCACGGAUUAUUCCUGGUGGUGUCGCGGAUAGACACGGUGGAUUGAAACGAGGAGAUCAGUUACUUUCUGUCAAUGGUGUGUGCGUCGAAGGAGAAAAUCAUGAGAAGGCGGUAGAACUUUUAAAGCAAGCUCAAAAUUCAGUUAAGCUUGUUGUUCGUUAUACUCCACGAGUUUUAGAAGAGAUGGAAUUGCGUUUCGAUAAACAAAGAGCUGCACGUAGGCGUCAACACAUUCAAUAAAAAAACUGGAAGACUUAAAUAGUUUUAAUAAUAUUUCGCAAUAUCCAUGUAAGUGUUCAAAUA